AUGACAGAUCAUCAUCACCAUAUCAGAGGGAUCAAUGACGGCAAUGGGAACGGAGAGAAACAUGACAUAACCACUGCUUCUCGAACUUCAUUGGAUUCUCACCGAUAUGUGGCCAAUACGGAAGAUUCCAAAAUGCCAGAUACGAUGCCCGAUCACUCCAAAUUGGCUGCUGAGCAGAUUGCCAGUAUGUCUCCUGAAGAGUAUGCCGAAGCGGAGAAGAAACUUCUGAGGAAAUUGGAUUUGAAUUUGAUACCAUGGAUGACAUUACUAUACUUGCUCAGUUUUAUCGAUCGAGUAAAUGUGGGAGCAGCGAAACUUGUCGGGUUGACAAAAGACCUUAAUCUCUCUUCUUUGGAAUACUCAAACGCUUCGAUGAUCUUCUUCGUCAGUUACGUAGCAUUCGAAGUACCUUCCAAUCUGGUUUUAAAGAAACUUAGACCUUCACGAUGGAUUCCAUUUACUAUGAUUUGCUGGGCCAUCUUCCAAACUUGCAUGGGUCUAGUCACCAAUUACGGACAACUUUUAGCUUUACGAUUCUGUCUCGGUUUAUUCGAAUCUGGUCUUUUCCCAGGUCUGAACUUCUACCUUACAGGAUGGUAUAGACGUGAUGAGCUCAAUAGACGAGUAUCCGUAUUCUUCUCUGGUGCCGUACUUAGUGGAGCAUUCGGAGGAAUAUUGGGAUACGGGCUGAGUAAGAUGGAUGGUAUAGGAGGAAAAGCAGGAUGGGCUUGGAUCUUCAUCAUCGAAGGUCUUCUCACUUUCAUGAUUGCCGUCGCAUCAUUCUGGAUGAUCCACGAUUGGCCCGACAGAGCCAAGUUCCUCACUCCAAUCGAACGAGAGAUGGUUUUGGUGAGACUAAAACAGGAGCAAGGUCUCGCUGCUGAAGGUGGUUUCAACUGGAGAGUUAUCAAGAAAGCUUUGGUCGACUGGAAGACUUACUGCCUGAUGCUGAUGUAUAUUGGAGCGGCGGAACCUCUUUACAGCCUCUUUACACCUACCAUUAUCGCCUACUUGGGUAAAUUCUCAGUGUCAGCAUCUUUGCUUUUGAGUACCCCGCCAUACGUCUUGAUGUUCAUCACAACCAUCGGUACUGCUUUCUUGAGUGACAAAUAUCAAAGAAGAGGGUUCUUCCUAAUGGGAUGGUCACUGGUCGGUGCUACAGGUUAUCUAUUGUUACUGACUAUUCCGAUUCGAUACCCCGGCGCAUUAUACGCGGCGGUCUUCAUCGCAUCUUCGGCUGUUGGGCCUCUGAUCGCUACCACCAUUAGUUGGACUGGUAACACCUUUGGUAACCACUAUAAAAAAGCCGUAGCGAUGGGUCUGGUGUUUUCAGCCGGUAAUUCAGGAGGUAUCGUCUCAUCUCAAGCAUACAGAAACAAAGAUGCCCCUCGAUUCUUACCUGGACACGCAACAGCCUUGGCAUUCUGCUUAUUGAACUUUACAAUGGCUGUUAUCCUUUACUUUGGCGUAAAGCGAGAAAACAAGAGGAGAGAUCUGAAAUAUGGUCCUCCACCUAGACCAGAUGAGGUUUUCGAAUUUGAGGAUCCGGAUUACCAGGCUAGAUGGGGGUUACAAGGGAUGUCGAGGAAGGAGAUUGUGGAAUUGGGAGAUGAUCAUCCUGCGUUUAGGUAUAUGCUCUAG